CGAAGCCUAGCGUAAGAUGAGUUUUUUAAAAUACUAUCACAUCUCAUCUGCAAUAAAUUUCACCUUGAAUUUUGACGACUUCCCUGGAUCUAGCAUAUAUGUUACUAUUUUGCGUAAAACACACUAAAAACAUUUUGCUUAAAAUUGAAGUUGUGCCGAUUUUGUUUUGUACAUUGUUGUGUGACUUGUCAUGAACUCCUCUUGAAUUGGGUUCUAGCUUUUGUGGUUAAAAUGUGUUUUAACUUGAGAGCAGUUUCAUAGCCUGUUCAGAAGACCUUAAAAAUUUUAUAUAUAAAAAAGAAUAACUGUUCUAUUCCACACAUACUUUUCUUCUGUUCUGAAAACAGCCGGCAUGGAUUAAAAAACACCAAAGAUAAAUUUGAACACAGCAAAACAUUCGUGUUUACCUGUGGCUUUCACGUACACAUGAGGGUAUAACCUAUCUGCGACAGGAGCAUGUGUUACAAACGAGAUUCUGCGUUUGUAUUGUAAUUUAGCAUUAUGUUACCGGGGUAGUGUUGAAUCUUAUGACAAGCUAAACGUGAGCGAUAUUUAAGAGGCCUGAGACAAACGAUGAUAGGAAGAACAUAUAGAGUUUGGCCAUUUCUUCGCUUAUCAGACGUUAUAGUUACACGUCAUGUUUUGGCACGUGAAGUUAGGUUAAUAUCAAAUUCGGCUCCGAUUCACAGAAUUAACACAUCGGAAAAUCUGGUGAAGAGAAAGUUUGGAGAACUGCUUCAGUGGUACGAAAAAGUUACUGGUAUGGAUGAAGUUCGAACUGCACAGAACUGGGUUCUUGAAGCUGAAAAAAAAUUUGUUUCCGCACAAGAACGAAGAAGAGAAGCCAAUAAAUUAGUAUCCGAAAUUCAAAGCAAACUGAAAGAUUUAUACGCCGAAUUAGAUAAAACAACACGAGGGGAAGAACGAUAUGUGUACCUCGUAACUCAAGAACACAGUGUUCUUAAAGAAGAAAGAAAGGCAGUAGAUGAAUUUCAGAGGUAUGAGCGAGAGGAGCGGGACUAUUUUGCUACCCUAUCAUCAGCAGUCAAGGAAAGCCAUGAAAAGGAAAGGGCUCAAGCUGAAAGAACAAAAUAUUGGUCAAUAAUAGGUUCAGUAAUUGGUACUGUAAUUGGUAUAAUUGGGAGCUCAGUAAACAGUGAAAUGAAAAUGAAAGAACUGAGAAAACUUGUAAGAGAGUUGGUACUAAAACAUGGAGAUCAAAACAUAGCUAUAAAUGUGCCAGAAGUUCUUUCCAAACAUGAGAAAGAACUGUCAAAGUUUAUCAGUGAAAUGAAAGAUGCUGCUUCCCUCCCAAGUAAUCAUAUACUUGGACAACUUAACGAACUGGUUCACACAUUAGACAAUAAAGUGAACAGUAAAGCAGUAACUAUGCCAUCAGAGAUUACUGAUGAAAUUUUACAAUUAAUUAAAAAACAGGAAGAGUGUCUUGAUAGAAACUUUCAGGAAAUGAAAUUAAUUAUGUCUUCUCAGAAUAUUCAGAUUGGUGAUGAUCAGGUAGUAAUUUUACCCUGUAGCAUAGACGAAAAAGUUCAACAACAGAUCCAACAAACCAAGUUAAUAGUGACCUGCUGUACUGUAGCUUCUGUUGUAAUUCCACUGUUAUGUAAAUAUUUUGGCUUUCUAUGAAUGAUGGCAAUUCUUUUGUAAAAUGCUUUUACUAUGAUAGAGAUUAGCUUCUUAAACAUUUUUGCUAGGAUCUUUAAAUGUCUUUGACAUAAGUAUUGUAUUACUAGUUUCUUCAUUUUGAACUUUGUCCAUCAUCAAUUGCAGUUUCAACACAUUUCAAAGGAUGGGUCUUUGUCUUCAGGAUAAAAGAUGGAUACCUACUCUGCUGAAUCUAGUAGGCUGAGCUCCAACCGACAGAUCAAGAUCGAUCCAUAUUUCAAAAUGUUCAGUUGUUGAAAAUAAGUAAUAUUGCAACUAAUAAUGGACAAAAUCCAAAAUGAAGAAACUAAUAGGUCAGUUUUAUUUAAUUGCACAGAGAUGGGUCUUGAAUGUACUAAUAAAUUCAAACAGUUUCAUAUAUACGAGGCGCGUCCUCAAAGUAAGUUUCCCACUCGUCCCA